AUGGGCUCUACCCAGGGAUCUUUUAGGGCCAUCCCUGUCCUGGAUUAUUCCAAGUCCACUUCAGCCACGACAAAAGCCGAGUUUCUAGCAGACCUGCGCCAUGCCAUCGUCAAUGUUGGCUUCUUCUAUCUGAUCCACCAUCCGGUUGACCCCGCCGUGGUGCAGAACCUGAUAGACAAAACCCGGGAGCUGUUCGAUCUUCCACUCGAGAAGAAAUUGGAGAUCGAGAUGAUCAAUAGUAAACAUUUCCUGGGAUACUCUCGUCUCGGUGCCGAGACCACUGCCCGCAAGGCGGAUUAUCGUGAACAAUUUGACUUUGCAACCGAGCUCCCGGCUCCAGGACCAGAUGAGCCUCUCUACCGCAAUAUCUGUGGUCCUAAUCAGUGGCCCGAUGAACGCGCGAUCCCGGGAUUCCGUCAGACGCUGGAGACCUACCUAGGCGCAGUGGCACCUCUGGCAGACGAGUUCCAGAUUCUCAUCGCAGAAGCGCUGGAUCUGCACCCGGAAGCUCUGCAGCAGUUUUUCGACGUGCCUUCGCGCCACAAAAUGAAACUCAUCAAGUAUCCUCCGCCGCCGGCCUCGUCCGCGGCCCAGACACAAGGCGUCGGUCCGCACAAGGACUCGGAGUUCCUGACCUUUCUCCUCCAAGCGACGCCCCAUCCCGGGCUGGAAGUGCAGAAUAAAGCAGGGGAGUGGAUCCCCGCGCCUCCGAUGGACGGCUCUCUGGUCGUGAAUAUCGGUCGCGCGUUGGAGGCCCUCACCGGGGGUGUCUGUACAGCAACCACGCAUCGCGUGAGUCUGGCGCCGCACAAUUUUGUAGAUGCUCAGGGCUCCUCGCUGGGACCGCGGUUCUCAAUUCCGGUUUUCCAGGGAAUCAGCCUGGAUCUGUCGGCGGAGAAUAUAUCGCUCGACAUCCCUCCCCAUAUUCGGGACCUAGUUCGGGACGAAAGAGUCCGCUCGGAUGCGGAGGCCACGUUCAAUCGCAUGUUUCGCGGUCGCAUUGGCGAAGGCACUCUCAUCCACCGCGUGACGAGUCACCAGGAUGUCGGUAGGCGGUGGUAUCCGGAGCUCCUGGCAUGGGCCCUGGAUGUCGAUAACCCGGGGCUUGGCUCAUUUAGUUUCCCCGUUGCAGCGCUGGAUAUUCCAGCAAUGGAAGCCAGCAGGGUUCGACUAUUUGUAGAUCGCGGAUCCGCCGUGUGUACAUACAUUCACUCUCCAUCAACAAACAUGAAGUCCAAUCUUUUCUGCCUGACGGCAUUGCUGUCACCCUGUUUGGCGGCCGAUCUCUAUGUUUCUCCAUCCGGAUCAGACAGUGGGGAUGGUACAAUCGAUUCGCCUCUACUGUCGAUCCAAAAAGCAGUGGACCUGGCGACGGCUGGCUCUACGAUCUACCUGCGAAAAGGCACCUUUUCACCGUCGGCCAAUAUCCAGAUAACCAAGAGCGGAAAACCCGGGGCGCCAUACGUGCUCCGCGCGUACGACGGGGAGGUGGUGAUUAUUGACGGCGAGGCGCUCCCCGGAACGCCGGCAGACCUGGACGCAUCUUUACCCAACGAGGAUCGAGGCAUCUUGCACAUCCAAGACGCUGAAUACUGGGAGUUCUAUGACUUGGAACUGAUCAAUGGGCCGUAUGGCGUGUACUCUCGCGAUGCCUCGAACAACCACUACGAGCGGAUCGUCACGCGGGACAACUAUGAAACUGGCUUCCAACUCCAGGGCGCAGCAUCUAACAACACCGUCCUCUACCUCGACUCCUACGGGAACCGCGAUCCCCGGAAGAACGGCGAGAGCGCCGAUGGGCAUCAUCUCCAAGGGCUACGCUCAUUCUCCAGGGAAUUCAAAUCCGCCGUGACAAUCGAGGACACCAUAUCUUGGGGCAAUGGGUACAACAGAUGGGGCUUCACCCCCUUUGAAGGCGAUGGAAACGGCUUCAAGCUGGGCGGCGGCGAUGACGCAGAUAUCGGACCAGCCAACCACGUUAUCACCAAUUGCAUAGCGUUCGGGAAUGCGAAGGAUGGGUUUACUGAUAACUCGCAGCCCGGGAACUUUGUCCUGACGUGCAACACGGCGUGGAACAAUGCGGCCGUGGGGUUCAGAUUUGGAACCGCAGUUGCCACCCUGAAGAGCAAUGUUGCUGCGGCUAACAGGGAAAAGCCCGCUUCACUCAGUGAUGACCAGAUGUCCCAAGGCAACUCAUGGGAUGGAAGUGGAACGUGGAGUAACUCGAGUUUUGUCAGUGUGGAUGCGACGCUGGUGCAGGGUGCACGGGGAGCAGAUGGCCGGAUCCAAGCCAGCGACUUCUUACUUCCCCAGUCUGGGGAGGCGAUUGGGGCGACUACGCAGUGGUCUUGA